AUGAAGGCUGUCGUCGUUCUGGACCACGUCGUGGCGGGCGUGAAUGCAGUCGUUGCACUGUCAGGAGCGGUCUGCGUGUACUGCGCGUCGUGGAUGGUCGCUUCGCGAGGAGUGCGUGACGCUGAAGGAGGAAUCGCUGCAGGCUUUUCCUCUCCCACGCUCAGCGCCGCUCUCAGCAGCUCUGCUGCGAGCUGGAGGGCCGAGUACUCGAGCUACGUCUCUUCGCUGGUCCUGACAUUCGCGGGUCUCCUGUGGGUCGCGCUGGGCACACAUCCCGCCGUCCUACGUCGCAACCGCUUCACGGCUCUUCUGAUCUCGGGGAUCGUCGCGGUCACCGCCGCCGACCUCGCGUCAGAACCGUUCGGCUGCUUCUUCGAGCAGACCUGCAGCAGCGCUGGGUACACCUGGGCGGCCGGCGCGCUGAUGCUGGCCAUCUCGGGCGCGCUCUCGAUCAUUCUCGUUCUGGACUACCACACCUUCUUCACUCCCAGGGCGCCCAUCGACGAGGGCAAGGAGGAAGGCGCGGCCCAGGGCACGGCCUUCGGCCUCGGCGUGCGCGAGAACUUCUUCCUCGAGGUGUUCUUCUGGUUCAUGGGCUUCGUGUUCGCGCUCGUAGGGCUCGUCGUCGGCAUGUCUCAGGUCUACAACACGUGCGAGAAGGUCUUCAGCGGCUCGGACACGUGCACGCAGACGUACCGAGGCAUCGUGUACUACUCGAGCCUGGGCGUCCUCACCUUGGCACUCGUAGGCACGUGGUCCCUUAUGACCAUCGUGGUCGAAGACCCCUCCCGCCUCCCCGGGUGGAACCACGGCAGGGUGAACGCGACGCUGCUCGUCAUGAACACGAUGAUGGCCGCGGGCUCCACGUGGGUCGCCAUGCAGCUCCGGUCCCUGCUCGACGAGGUGCCGUACCCCUCCAGCGCCCUGCGCAUCGUCUCCGGGGUGCGCGAGGGCGAGGACUCGGGCGUCGUCAUCCAGCAGCUGCGCUCGAAGGCCUUCGCGUCCGUCGAGGCCGCGCACGCGUUCUGGAUCCUGGCCGCGAUCGGGUUUGGCUUCAUGGCCGUGGCCUUUGCCCGCUCGCUGCGCCCCGAGAUCAUGCGUGCGCGGGGCAACUGCUGCCCAGGCUCCACCGUGCGCGUGCUGUUCGCGACCCUCGCGGUGGUGUUCUGCGCCGGGUCCAUCCUCGUCGACGUGGCGCAGCGCCAGGGCAACUCGGACAGCUGCCACGGCGCCCUGGGAGCGCGCGUGUGCCACACGUCGGCCACGGCGGGGAUGUCUGCGAUGGGGUACAUCCUCACGGGGCUCGCCGUAUUCGGCGCCGCGCUUCCGAAGCUCUGGGGAUUCGAAAUGCUGCAAGGAGCAGCAGCGAUCGCCGCGUUCAUGGUCCUGCCGAUCGGACAGGAGGUCCGCUGGUGGGUCGCUCGCUCCAACUUCUACAAGGCAGUCCAGCUCUUCGGCAUGGAAGACCAGAUGGACGACCUCGACCUGGACGCCCUGAAGAAAGGCGCCGAGCUGCAGGUCGCCGGCAUGGCGCUCCUCGCGGUCGCCUUCGGCCUUUUCGCCGUGCUGGCCGCGAACUGCUGCUCGGCGGCCUACCUCGAAGUCCGCGACGGGUACGAGCCCGAGCCCGCGCCCAAGGACGUGGGCCAAGCACAGGGGCGGCAGGAGGGGGAGCAGCAGCGCGCGGGGGUUCAAGCUCAGGCUGGUGUCCCCGAGAGCGGGGAGGUGGAGUCCCCCGCCUAG